AUGGCACGCUCCAAAUCUCCAGUCCUCCCCAUAUCUCUUUUCGACAUCUUCCUGGGCUCUGGACGUACCAUUCGCAGACCAACUGGCCCACCAGGAGUAAGCACUAUGUACACAACUCCAUCGUCUGAGAAUGCUGACUCACGCAGCUACCUUUUCUACAGNGUUCCUGGCAAGACCGAACUCGUUCGCGUGCGCAGACGUGUCAGCGGCCAGAAGAACGACGACGAGGAACCCAAGGCCGCCAGUNNGCUAAAGGCAGCAACAAAGAGAACGCGCAAUCUAGCUCCAAGCACAGCAGCAAGAAGGACGGCAAGAAAGACGACAAAAGUCCAACUCCAAACCUUCCAACGACAAGCUGCGGAUGCAAAGAAGGCAGCCGAAGAACCCAAGACCAACGGCGACAAACCUCAAGCUGCUGCNAAAAAUCUUCCAGACCCUGUCUUUACUGCCGAGGACGACGCAAAGAUCUUGCUCUUGCAUUCUGAAGGCAAGAAAAUGAAUGAGAUCGCAAAGGUCAUCGGCAAAACCAGAAAACAGACUAUCAAUCGUUUCAACGAGAUCCAGCCCAAGGAUGGAAAGCAGCAGAAGGGAGGCAAGCAAGGCAACGAAAAGGCUGUAGCUGUUGACAAGAACGAAAAGGUUGACGACAAGCAAAUUGUUAAGGCGGACAAGAAGGUUGAGGAUCGCAAGAGCAAGUCCAACGCCAUCGAUGUGNNAGGGAAGCAGGAGCAGACCUCACCCGCCGCCAUUCUUCUGGCUGGUAAGCACGAGCACGCUCAUGCCCAUCGCCAUGAAGUCCGUCACGACCACCAUCAUGACCACCACGUCCACCUUCACGACUCUCAUCCUCGCCGCUCUACCCACGACACUCCUCACGCCCGCCACGACUCAGCCCACGCCCCUCACCACUCUCGCACCCGCCCCCACAGAUCCCAUUACCGCCCUGCAGCCUCCAUCACUCCCUCCUCACGCACAGCCUACACGAUCAAAACCAUGCCUUCCCUUGCCGAAGACGACCUCUUCUCUUUUGGCGAACUCCAAGCCCUCUCUGAACUGAUCGGCAAGGACGUGGACGGAAUGUGGCACCGUGUCAGUGCUGCCUUUUUCGGUAUGACUGGUAGAAGAAUUGCUGCCGAGGAUAUUAAGGAGAAGUUUGCUGGUUUGGAAGUUGAGUAG